AUGCCCAGGGUACCGUCCAUAUCGCCCGCGACGGGCCUACCGACGCCCCCCGACUUCGUGCACACCACCGCCGGCCAGUUCGUCGACACCACCGGACGCACCCUCCUCCUCCGCGGCAUCAACCUCUCUGGCUCGGCGAAGGCCCCCGUGGACAAGCCGAGCUACGUGAUCGAAGGGCUCUGGGACGACGCCGAGGCCGGCGGGAGCAGCUUUGUGGGCAGGCCGCUCAACCUCGAUGACGGCUCGGCCGACGUGCACCUCGCGCGCCUGCGCGGCUGGGGGUUCAACAUGCUGCGAUACGUCGUGACCUGGGAAGCGAUAGAGCACGAAGGACCAGGCAAGUACGAUUACGAGUUCAUGGACUACACCGUCCGCGUCCUUAGGAAAUGCAAGGAAUACGGCUUCCGUAUAUUCAUGGACCCGCACCAGGACGUGUGGUCUCGCUUCUCCGGCGGGUCCGGCGCCCCCUUCUGGACCCUCCACGCCUGCGGCUUCGAGCCGCGCAACUUCACCACUACCAGCGCCGCCUUCGUCCACGCCGAGUACCCUUCACCCUCCUCCCCGGACCCGGCCUCCUUCCCGGCCAUGAUCUGGUCGACCAACUACAUCCACCUCGCCUCGCUCACCCUCUUCACCCUCUUCUUCGCCGGCCGCGACUACGCCCCAAAGUGCGUCCUCGACGGCGUCAACGUCCAGGACUACCUGCAGUCGCACUACGUCGCCGCGAUGGGCGCGCUCGCGGACCGGAUCCGCGCCGCCGGCGACCUCCUCGACGACUGCGUCCUCGGCUGGGACAGCCUGAACGAGCCCUCGGAAGGGCUCAUCGGCUUCCCCGACCUCGACUCCACCUCCGCCAACUCGACCGCGCAGCUCAAGAAGGGCCCGACGCCCACCGCCGCGCAGUCGUUCCGGCUCGGCAUGGGCGCCGCGCAGACGGUCGAGGACUGGGAUUUCGGCCAGUUCGGGCCGAAAAAGGUGGGCGAGGUGACGAUCGACCCGCGGGGCGUGCGCGCGUGGGCGGACCCGGGGAUGGAGGACGAGCGCGGCGUGCACCCCAAGUGGGGCUGGACGCGCGAUCCGGGCUGGAAGCUCGGCACCUGCCUCUGGGCGCAACACGGCGUCUGGGACCCGGACUCGGGCGCGGUGCUCGAGCCCGAGUACUUCAACCGCCGCCGCCCCGGUUCCUCCUCCUCCUCCUUCUCCUCCGAAAACGCGGCGGUCGACUUCAACGCGGACUACUGGGCGCCGCACUGGCGCGCGUUCGCGGCGCGGAUCCGCGCCGCGCACCCGGAGGCGAUCCACUUCGUGAACCCGCCCGUGUUCAGCGCGCCCCCUCCCCUGGACGAGGCCGACCUCCGCGGGCGCGCGGCCUACUCGGCGCACUACUACGACGGCCUCACGCUCGUCUCCCGCCACUGGAACUGGUUCAACGCGGACGCGCUCGGGAUGAUGCGCGGCAAGUACUCGAACGUCCUCCAGGCGAUCCGCGUCGGCGAGGGCGCGAUCCGCAAGUGCCUCGGCGAGCAGCUCGGCGUGCUCAAGCGGGACGCGGAGAUACUGGGGCCGUACCCGACGCUGAUCGGCGAGAUCGGGAUCCCGUACGACAUGGACGGCAAGCGCGCGUACGGCCGCACGGACGGCGGGCGGUACAAGGGCGACUACGGGCGCCAGCAGCGCGCGCUGGACGCGAGCCUGAACGCGACGGACGGGGCGAACGCGCUGAGCUACACGAUCUGGACGUACUGCCCGGACAACGGGCACGAGUGGGGCGACGGCUGGAACCUCGAGGACCUGAGCGUGUGGAGCCCGGACGAC